CAUGAUGUCACAGGGUUCCCUCCUAAGUCACAAGACUCACAGGAGCACCUGCAGCCCUGCUCUGCAGCUUGCGCCUGCCCGCAGCUUUACGGACAAUUUUUUACUCUCCCAAGUGCAAAUAGCACUUGGGCACUGAUGCGGUUUAUCGCAGCCUGAAGAUGUCUCUAUUCAGUAGCUUUUUGGAGGACCGUGAGUGGGAUUUUAGGCAAAUGGAGAGAAAGAUGCAGAGGCAGAUGCGGCUGCUGGACGAGCACCUGCAGGAGCUGCGGGAGGAGCUGCUGCCCUGCUGCCACUGCAGCCACUUCACACCAACUUCCUGCCUCUGCUCACGGGCCCACACAGCUCCCAGCUGGGCUGUGAUGGCUGCACAGGAUGUGGAGCGAGACCUGGCCAGUGUACGGAGAAAACUGAACAGGUUGUGCAAUGCUUCCCAAGAACGCAAGGUUUUAGCAGUGAUGGAUGUGAAGGGCUUUGACCCAGAGGAGGUCACCGUGACAGUGAAGGACAGGAAGGUCCAGGUGCUGGCGGAGCGCGAGGAGGCCCACACCUCCACACGAAGGAAGGAGUAUAACUACAAAAAAUACAAGAAGGAGAUCACCUUGCCGCCAGGGGUGAGCGAAGAUGAAGUGAUGUACUCUUUAGGGCCUAACAACGUUGUGAAGAUUGAAGCAGUACACAAGCACUGUCCUCGUCUCCUGAGGCUCUGAGCUCCUGGGGCGCAGCUGGAUGGGCUGAGCUGAGUAGUCCCUCUGCUCCUUUAUGUUGAUCUCUAGACACUACCAACUCUCCUCACCAUUCCCAAAACAAAACAGAGCAUUCAAAAAAAAAAAAAA